AUAAAUUCACCCCUUCCCUUCACUCAGUUCCUCACCCAAGACACGAGAACCUCUCUAGCUUAAGCAUCCAGCCCAUCCUAUAGUUGUAGCCAUGGCUGACCCUUCUUAUUUCCAGAGCGCUCCUCUUAGCCAUGAGCCGUUGCGGCAUAAGGAAUUUCUCUUCCACGGCUUGUACAUGCAGCAGCGCCUCGAGGGGUCGCCAAGCCAGAACAUGAAUACAACAGUGAAUCCUAAUCUUCCUCUGCAGUUUGGCAACAUCGUUGCUAAUGACUGGACUAUCUAUGAUGGCCUCGGCACUGGUGCGAAGCUUGUUGCACGCGCUCAAGGCUCGCAUAUGGGGACUAGUGAAACCGAAGGAACCUGGUUCAUUUGUUUCAACAUAGUGUUCGUCGACGAGAGGUUUAAGGGUUCCAGCCUUAAGGUGCUUGGACAUUUUGAAGAUCCUGCGCACGGUGAAUGGGCAAUCCUCGGUGGGACGGGAGAGUUUGUCAAUGCACAAGGUGUUGUUAGCUUCAAAAAGGUCAUGGAGAUGGACAACGGGAAAACUACAGUCACGGAGCUUGAGAUCCGUGCCGCGUGCCUCAACUUCUCGCCGUCCCUGUCAGUGCCCGUAAAGAUGGGGCCAUGGGGCGGAAAGGGAGGUUUCGCGCAGGACAUGAUUGUAAAAAAAUCAGUCCGUCUAGAGAGCGUCACGAUCAACAGUGGUUCGCUCGUCUAUUCGCUUGCAUUUUCUUAUGUUGACAAUCAGGGGAAGAGGCACACAGAGGGUCCUUGGGGUGGCACUGGGGGCAAAAUCCAAACCAUCGAGCUUGGCCCUACCGAGUUUCUGAAGGAAGUAUCAGGGACCAUUGACACUGUUGUGCCUGCCCAACUCACUAUAUCUUCACUUGUUCUCGUCACCAACGUCAGAACAUAUGGGCCUUUUGGACCGGUGCGAGGACAACGUUUUAACUUAACCGUGCCAGAAAAUACAUGUGUUGUGGGCUUCUACGCCAAGUCUGGAGGUGCUCUUGAUUCAAUUGGCGUUUACUCCGGCCCCAUCCAAAAUUCCUAGUUUAAAAAGGAUCUGCCCACGUUUUUCAUCUCUAUAAAUUAUGAACUGCGAUGCAAGUUCCUUCUUAGCUGGCGCUAGUUCCACUAUUUUAUUCCAACAAUAAUAUGGCUGGGGUACACGUCCUCCCUACGCUAGUGAUCCAUAGUCAUUUUCGUUCGAGUUUACCUAAUGUUAGACUGAAUCUAAACUGCUUGCAAGUUCGCUGUCAGGCGUUACAAAUUCCACAAUGUAAUCAAAGGCAAAGGAGAGAUCAAUAUUUUGGUAAAUUACAGGGCAGAUUUAUAUGUUG